GAGGGACGCGGGUGGAAUUCGGCACUGGUCAAUGAUGAAGGAAGCAUCUCAUCUCAUCUCUAGUGCGGUACCGGCCGAGCUCCUUUUCCUCGCCCCGUUUGCUCUUGCGCCUCGUACAGGUAAAGCUUGGCCAGAGAGGGUUUUCGUUUCCCCAAGAGCAAGAGCCAGGAUGCAGGGCGCCGGCGCCGCCGAGGGGAGGAGCAGGGGCUCGCCGUCGACCAUGGACAAGGCCGACGAGAGCGCCAAGAAGGCGCGGCUGGACCUGCCCGACGCCCACUCCGUGAAGCAAGAGCUCGUCGCGCACGACGCGGCGGCCGGAGCAGGCGCCAUCGUUGCGGUGCCGGAGCACAGCCCCAGGGCGGAGCUCGCCGUGAAGAUCGACAUGUGCGUGCUCCACUGCCCGCUCUGCGCCCUCCCCUUCAAGCCCCCCGUCUUCCAGUGCAAGGGCGGGCACCUGGCCUGCGGCGGGUGCGCGGCCCAGCAGCCCUCCGGCCAGUGCGGGGCGUGCGCGGACGGCUGCGGCUUCUUCGACCCCUGCCCGGCGCUGGACGCCGUCGUGUCCUCCACCCGGGUCGAGUGCCCCAACGCCGGCUGCCAGAGGUACGUCACCUACCACGAGGCCGACGAGCACCGGGGCGCGUGCGCGCACGCGCCCUGCCGCUGCACGGAGCACGGCUGCGCCUUCGUCGGCGCGGCGCCGGACCUCGCCGGCCACCUCAGCGCCGCCCACUCCGUGCCGGUGCGCGCCAUCCGCUACGGCAAGGUGAGCCGGCUCCAGGUCCCCGUGUCCACGCCGCGGCAGCUGCUCGUCGGCGACGACGACGGCCGCGUGUUCGUGCUCACCGUGGGCGCGCUCGGCGCCGCGGCGACCGCCGUGUCCGUGGUUUGCGCCAGGGGGAGCGCGGCCACGAGGCCGCGGUUCACGUGCAAGAUGUGGGUCAAUCUGACCACGUCCGCGGCCGCGAACGGCGGCAAGGCGGACACCGUGCUGGUGGAGAUGCAGAUGAGGAGCAGCACCUCGCCCGGCGCCAUGGUCGCCGCCGGCGAGCCGACGUUCCUCGCGGUGCCGCCGGCGUACCUGGUCCCGGGAGCGGACGGGGGCGACGGGGCGGCGGGCAUGGAGGUGCCGCUCAGCGUCCGCAUCGACAAGAUCGCGCCUUGGUCCGACUGAUUGAUUGAUUGACGUCCUCCGUUCGUGGCAGUUGAAGCUUACCGAGAUGCAACUGAAACUAUCUGGAGAUGUUUGAUACUGUAGUAUGAUUGAGGACACUUGCAUUGCAUGCUACUGGUCCUGUUAACAAAUGCCAUAACCAUGGGUGCUGAGUCAUAAUUAUCUGAGCUUAUUAAAUGGAUAUGAAAAAAAAAGAUUUUUAUUGUUGUUGUGUGCACCCUUGGAAAUUCGCAUGCUAUCGAACACAUCAUUUUCCUUU